AUGGCAACAGAUAAUAGUGAUUGUUAUCCAACAACUUCAAAAUUUUUUAAAACUCAACCAAGUGAAUUUAAUUCUAAGCAAGGUGAAAGUGGAGAAGAAAUUUCAGCUAAUUAUAUCAACAUUUUGGCUUCACCUAAAUUAUUCGAAACCAAUGUAACUUUUUCCUAUGAAAAACUAAUCGUUGAAUGUCGGGGAAAACCUGUUUUCAGUAAAUAUUCUAUUACUAAUGAAUUAGUAACAGCUUCACCUGAAUCACCUGAGUUUUUUUUUCAUUUGAUUAAUUUAAUUGUUCACAAAUUACUUGAAAUUAUCGGUUUGAAGUUACUUGCUCAAAAUUAUUAUUAUUCAUUUGAUAAAAAAAAAUCAAAGUCGAUCGAUGUAAAUUAA